AUGUUGCUGCUGUUGAUGAUAUUGUUGCUGCUGUUGAUGUUGUUGCUGCUGUUGCUGCUGUUGAUGUUGUUGUUGCUGUUGAUGUUGUUGUUUCAUCCCCCCCAUCCAUACAGUGUACGGAUGGAGUCUACCUUCUUUCUGACGGUUUCCUCAUCUUUAAAGACAACCUUGAAUUCUAUUUUUCCCAAAACAAUUCCGUUCGUUACUGCACUUUCCUGCAUAAUAGAAACUUUAAAUUUUAUUUUACCUUUAUCUACCCUUUCCGUAGUAGCAGCAGCGGUAGCACGGGUAGUAGGACUACUAGUAGAACCUUAUCGUAUAAGCGUAUUCCGUAGCCAUAUUCAUAAAAUAAAAAAUAAAAAUACAUCGCGAGAUGGAAUCAAUUACAUUGACGUGUAAUAAAGUAGUAGGAAUAAAAAUAAUAGCUUUAUUAAAUAAAAGUAUGACUAGUAU